AUGACCAUGUACGAGCAGAAGCCGCAUGGAAACAGUACCCUUUUCGAGCUGGAGGCAAUGGUCGCCAAGCGCAUGGAGUUUCUCGCGUGGAUCGACCAGCAGAUCAACUCGCCUCAGGCAAAAAGCUUUGAUUCGGUGCUCGACGCGAUCAUCGCGCGUCUACCGCAAGAGCGGCGCUCGAGCGCGGCGACAGAUACGUCGCGGGGUAAGAUGGUUUCGCUAGGCUAUGACGAGACGUCCGCCACUGGUUGCUCGGAUAGGCGAUCCUCGUCGCGUGGCUCUACUGGAAGCGCCGCUGGUGCCAGCCAAGCCGCUAGCAUCGUGUUCGCGCCGGAGGAGGAUGUCACGUCGCACCUGCUUUGCCGCUUCGCCUUCUGCAUGAGUGAGCGGUGGCGGGACUGGCUGGUACGGACGGAGCGGGUACUGCUGACGGCCCGCAUCAAGAUGGAGAUGGCGAAGAAACCCUUCACGUUUCUGGUCGAUUUGAUGAAGCGCAAUGGACUUCCAUGCGCGCCGCUGACGGAUAAGCAGCUGGCUGACCCGAUGCUGCAGGAGUACCUCGAGUACCGCCGCGUGAAGGCGGAAAGCGCGCGCGAGUCGGAGGGGCGGGCGGAGAACUACUACGCCGUCCCUCUCUCCCUCGCCACUCGCCUGAUCAAGAAGCGGUACGUGCUGUGCCGCGCUGGUCAGGCCAUUCUCUUCCGCGACCAGGUGCAGGAGGUGUUCCUGACGGUUUUCUGUGCCCGCCUGAAUCGCGGCCUGCACAAUGCCUACCUUGCUCGUGUCAAGCAGCAGGCGCUCGAGGAAGAGACCACAAAGUCCACCGUUAUGGCGAUGCUCGACGCCUUCCUGCAGCAGUUUAUCUCCGCCCCGGUAGACACUCUGCAGGAGGGUGUCGCUGGCAGUGUGAGGGCCGGAGAUGUGCAGCGACUGGCGCAGGCGCACUUUCCGCCUUGCAUGCGCGCCAUCGACUCACAUCUGCGCCGCGAGGGGCACCUGAAGCACCACGGUCGCUUUACGUACGGUCUGUUCCUCAAAUCCAUCGGUCUUUCUCUUGAGGACUCACUGGAGCUGUUCGCCACGCUCAUGAAGGUCAAGGGCGGCGGCUCUGUCGAGCCCUUCGCGAAGACGGCGUACGGGUACAACGUGCGACACAACUACGGCAUGGAGGGCAAGAAGAUGAGCUACACCUCCGCCUCCUGCGCUUCGAUCCUUGCCCUUCCGCCUGUGGUGGACCAGCACGACUGCCACGGCUGCCCGUUUCGUUUCCGCGACGAGGGAGCACUGCGGACGAUGCUUGGGAAGGAAGCCCAAAACCCGAAGGGGUGCAACUAUCCCAGCGUGCGGCCCACCUCAGGCGACAUCGAGGACAUCGUCUCCGACAGCAAGGCGCAGCACUACACGCGCGCCUGCUACAAGUACUUCAUGGCCACCCACCCCGGCGCCCGCCGCGACACCCUCUUUCGGUCGCCAUACGAGUACUACAGCGUUAGCCUCGAUUUCGAGACGCUGAGCGACGGCACGGAGUCAGCGCGGGCCUCUGCAGUCCCCGGCAAGCGAACGUCCGUGGUGCUCAACGAAGACGUUCUGCGCCUCCGUACGUCUCCGUAG